GGCGGAAUGGCGGGGGCGGGGCCGAGGCUGAGGCUCUGGCGGGCUCUGAGGGGUCGGGUUCCCGAAGCGGCAAAAACCCUGGCGCCAGAGUUAGGCGGAGCAGAGAAACAUUGCUAAACCGAGGCCGCACGGACUUCUCAAAGAACCGCCGCCACCGGCGACUUUGGCGCUGCAGCCAUCCUCUUAUCUCUUUCCCGUCCUCUCCUCCGUCGCCGUUCCGCAUCCAUCGCACCAUCGAUAACAGCUAAGUGGUCAAUUCUGGGGACUUAGGGUUGGGACUCGGGGCGGGCUCAAGGCGCGGACAACACACGCAAGCCCGCCAUCUCCAGCGGCAACCGCCACUGCUUGCAGAUACCUCUCCGGAGCGGGAGAGAAUACUGUCAAGAGGCCCCCUCUGUUUUAGUGCCCAGAUUUAGAGCGUUUCUGCCAAGCCUUAGUGAGAGUCUUGCCUUUCGGGAAAGGAGGAGAACGGACAGGACAGGAUCUUUUUUUGGGAGAUCACGAAAAAAGGAUCUCAUACUGGAUACUGUUGACUUUUUGUUAGUUUAAUCUAGCCAGUGGCAACGUUGCUGAGCCUCCUUAAACCCUAGCCAUGUCGCCCCCAACAGUGCCUCCAAUGGGCGUAGAUGGUGUGUCCGCAUACCUGAUGAAGAAAAGGCACACCCACAGGAAGCAGCGGCGCAAGCCCACUUUCCUCACCCGUAGGAAUAUCGUUGGCUGCCGCAUUCAACACGGCUGGAAGGAAGGCAACGAGCCUGUGGAGCAGUGGAAAGGCACCGUGCUUGAGCAGGUUUCCGUGAAGCCCACUCUCUACAUCAUCAAAUAUGAUGGCAAAGAUAGUGUGUAUGGGCUAGAACUGCACCGAGAUAAGAGAGUUUUAGCGCUAGAGAUCCUUCCUGAGAGAGUGCCAACUCCUCGCAUUGAUUCGCGCCUGGCAGAUUCCCUGAUUGGCAAGGCCGUAGGUCAUGUGUUUGAGGGUGAGCACGGUACGAAAGAUGAAUGGAAGGGCAUGGUCCUGGCGCGAGCUCCUGUGAUGGACACUUGGUUUUACAUCACCUAUGAGAAAGAUCCAGUCCUUUAUAUGUACACACUGCUGGAUGACUACAAAGAUGGUGACCUGCGCAUCAUUCCAGAUUCCAGCUACUAUUUCCCUGCAGCAGAACGGGAGCCUGGAGAAGUUGUCGACAGCCUUGUGGGCAAGCAGGUGGAGCACGCCAAAGAUGAUGGGUCCACGAGAACCGGCAUUUUCAUCCACCAAGUUGUGGCCAAGCCAUCUGUUUACUUCAUUAAGUUUGAUGAUGAUAUUCACAUUUAUGUCUAUGGUUUGGUGAAAACACCCUAAAGAAUCAUUAUACUAUUGCAGAAGUUGUGGAACUAUUAAAUGUAAAAUAUGUUGUGUGAACUUUUGAGAACAGUUUUGGUGUCAGAGGUUAAAGAAGUUAUUAAUUACUGUGCACCAAAUUUACAUUGACUAGUUCCACAAUUUUGCCCCGAGUAUACUUUGGUACUUUUUAUAUUACCUUGUUCUGUAAUAAAAUUUUUAAAUAAGAUGCUAAUAGAAAAUUGAAAAAUAUUCAUAAAAUUUCAACAAUGGAAAACUAGAUAAAGAAAAAUAAAUGGUGUAUACACACUAUAUCUUCCCCUCCUCCAUUCUCUGCCUUACCAUUUUUUUUUUCUCCCCAGGUAACAAAUGUUAAGAACAUAAUUUAUAUCCUUCCAUGUUUUCUCCAUUUUCCUAAAGGAAAUUUGUUGUCCUUUCUACAGAAACAGCAAGCCACAUUAUUUCUCUGUAAUUGCUUUUCUCACUUAACAUAUCCUUCUGGUCAGUAACUACAGAUAUCUCUCUAUCUCUCCCACGCCUUUGUCUCUUUUCCAUCUCCCCCUGGAAUUUAUUUCUGUAUAUGGUAUAAGACGGAGGUCCAACUAUGCAUUGUACUUAUAUUGAAUGCUUGAUUGUACCAUCACAUUUGUUAAAUGAAUGACUCAUUUCCCUUUUCCUUCUAUUUCUCCUUGUCUUCCUUCUUUCUAACAGCUGCAUACACAGUACAUACUUAUUUACCAAAAUGAUACAAUUUAUGUACCAUUACAUUUCUGAUGGUCUUUUAAGUUAUUUUCUUUUUUUUUUCCACCAUAGCACUGCUACAAUACAUACUGAUGCUUUUACUUCUAUAGAGUAGCUUCCCAGAAAUUGGACUGCUAGGUAGGUGUAUAUUUAAUUUUAAGAAUUACUACAAAAUUGCCAUCCAAAAUGAAAGUGAUCAUUUUCCAGCAUCUCCUACAGCAGCACAUUUUAGCAUUUACAAACCUGAAUGGUGAAAAAUUACAUAGCAUUGUCUCUUUAAUUGACAAACUCAAUGAGUGUUUUGUUUUUAUCUUUUACUAUUUGGAAUUUUUGUGAUUGCUAAUUCUUAACUUUUGCUCAUUUUCUAUCAAAUAGUUGAUCUUUUCCUUAUAAAUCUGUAGUAAUUCUAAAUAUAUUUUCUAUAUGGUGCUUAUUAGUCAGUUGUAGCCCACAUGUGUUAUGAUUUUCUCCUUUCUAUCAUUAAUAUUGACUUUAUUGAUAUCUCUUUUUUACUGUACAUUUUUUUAAAAUUUAGAUAGAUUCCUAUCUCCUUUUAAGCUUUUAUGUUUCUUGUCUUUUUCAGCUGAAUGCUCCCACCCUUAGUCAUACAAAUAUUUACCUACAUUCUUUCCACAUUAAAGCCCCCUCAAAGUGUCACUAAUAACUAUGAUCCAUCAGGAAUUUAUUUUUGUGUAUGGCAUAAGAUAGAUGUCCAACUACACAUUUUCUUCACGUUGUAUACUUGGUUAUGCUAUCACAUUUAUUAAAUAAAUCACCCAUUUUCCAGUUUCUGAACCAGUAUCACAUUAUUUUAAUUGUACUAGCUUGACCAUAAACUUUGGACUUUGGUAAAGCAAGUCCCCUGUCACUAGUUGUUUUUUUUUCCUUUUAUGUAAUUUGUCCUAGACAUUCAUUCUUUCAUAUGAAAUUGUCAGCAUUCUUUCCACUUUUAAAAAAAAGUGUGAUGUCUUAGAACUGUAUUACAUUUCUGCAUUUCUAUUAGAGGAUGAUUUUAAUAGUCAUAUUAAUUGUAAAUACUUGAGAAUUUUGGUACAUCAUUAAAAUCUUUUGGUUGUAUUUUUGUAAUGUUCUUC